GACUCCGCAAUCCGCAUGCGCGUCGAGUCAGUCUCGUUUCCAUCGCCGCACGAUUCUAUCGUCACUAUGAACAACUUGGCGCGAAAAGUCCUAAUACGCGAAAUUAAAAACUUAAAAUGUCAAAGGAAACUAUCCUCUAGUGCCAGGUUAAUGGACUCGGACAAAUAUGUUAUCAGUUCGCCUAUCCCGGAUGUGGUUGUGCCUAAAAUGAGAUUUGUCGAUCGUUUGUGGAUAGAAUCGGCGAGUUUCAAACAUCUAGUGGCUAUUGAAAGCGCUGAAACGAAGAAGUCAUACACGUUUGAGCAACUGCAGAAGAACUCUUCGAUCUUCGCCACGUCUCUGCUGAAGAAGUUUGGCCUGAAGCAAGGGGACGUGGUGGGUGCUGUCCUUCCGAACUGUCCUGAGUUUCCUGUAGUCGCCUUUGGAGUCCUGCAGUCCGGCUGCAAGUUGACCACCUACAACCCUAUUUAUAAAGAAUAUGAGAUCAGCCACCAAUCUUCGAUCACAGAACCGAAAUUAAUAGUGACAAUACCACAAUGUUACGAAAACGUUAUGAAGGGUCUGAAAAGUGCGAAUGUCAAUGCUAAAGUGGUUGUUAUUGAUAUUCCUAGUAUGCCCAUACCAGAUGGAGCUAUCAGAUACUCUGAAGUUGCUGAGAAUGGAGAGAUAGACCAGGCUCUCCUUGAUAAAGUAGAGGUUAAGGAAGAUGAUGUUGCUUGUAUACCGUUUUCGAGUGGCACUACUGGUUUGCCGAAAGGAGUUGAAAUCACGUAUAAAAACCUGCUGGCUGGUAUAGAAAUUAUGCAUACAAACGAGACUAGUUUCCCGAGAUUGGCUCAUGAUCAGUCAGACCAAGACUUAUUACCCAGCUUUCUGCCAUUCUUCCACAUUUAUGGACUGGUCAUUGGUCUUAUGGGUCACUUGUCUAAAGGAGUUAAAUUGAUAUCGAUGGCUAAAUUCUCUGCUAGUAUGUACUUAGACAUAUUGAGGACACAAAACGUCACUUUGCUCAACAUAGUACCUCCAGUUGCUAUACUCCUAGGCAAGCAUCCUGAUGUCCAAGAGGAACAUUUUCGCCAUAUCAGGCACAUAGUCUGUGGCGCUGCACCUCUCGCUGCCUCCGAUGUUCAAAGCAUCAUCGAGAAAAGUAAACGUGAUAUGGAGUUUAACCAAGGCUUUGGGGCGACAGAAACCACCUCGCUCUGCACAUCUACAUUCAAAAACUCUAAGAACAUAAACUAUUCAGCGUGCGGUGUCCCAAUGGCGAACUUCAAACUUAAAUUCGUCGACCCCCUUACCGGCGAACCUGUUCCUAUCGGUGAACAAGGUGAGAUGUACGUCAAAAGUCCAACAAUCAUGAAAGGCUAUCAUAAAAACCCGACGGCUACAAAAGACAGUCUCACUGAGGACGGUUACUUCAAGACCGGAGAUUUGGGCUACUACCAGCCCGGUAUGGGACUCUUCAUUACAGAUAGGAUAAAAGAACUUAUAAAGGUGAAAGGUAUGCAAGUCGCACCAGCAGAAUUAGAAAGCAUCCUUAGAUCUCAUCCAGCAGUCGCAGAUGCAGCCGUUAUAGGCGUUCCUCAUGAAUACUACGGAGAAGCACCUAAGGCCUUCAUUAUUAAGAAAAACGGGCAAAAGACUACAGAAGAAGAAAUACAAGACUUCGUAGCUAGUAAGGUGGCGGUUUACAAGAAAAUCGAAGAGGUCAUGUUCGUCGAAGACAUUCCCAAGACGCCGUCAGGGAAAAUUCUUAAACGAGAACUGAAGAAAAUGUACGCGUAAUUGUAUAUUUGGCUGUGAUUUUUAAGUUAAGAGUUGAAAUUGAUAAUCAGAUGGGUAAAAAAUUACGAAGCGAAGUUUGGUAAGAUAGAAAAUCAAAGUGCAAAUGCAAAUGAUAUAGAAUAUUUUAGAAAAUAUUUAAAUUUCCAUUGUUAUGGCAGUGAUAUUUUUAACAAAUGUGAAAAAUGUCUAUUGCCGUCCAAAAUUAAAUGCGUUAGAAAAAAAGCAAACAACCUUGAGUGAAAAAGUGGGGAGUUAAUGUGAUGCAGGCCUUUAAAAGAGGUGUAAAAAUAUUUUGACUAGAACACACGUUUUAUCGCGCAGGUAUCUUUUAUCACAACGAAGUCGUGUUAAUUUAUAGUUUGUUGUAAAAUUUAUGUAUACUUAAUCUAUUAGGUAUGUACUUGUUUAAAACUUUGUAAUUUUUUGAACUGAUGUGAUCACUUUGUUUUGAGUCAAAAUUUGUACGAUGUUAUUUUGUGAGUGAUCACUGUAAAAAUCUGACAUCAUUUUUAUAUAAAAAAUAUUUUGCGUAUCUUGGCAACUCCGUAAGUUAUAUUUGUAUAUAGGUGUAAUUUAGUUUAUGAUAUGGGUAAGAAGUGAAACUUCGAGCGUACUAUACUGAAAAAGAGUUUAAAGUCAUUAGAUGUUAAUAAAUAACCUUCCUUACUAACUGAUUGCUAAUUUGUUCCAUUAUAAUUAGGGAACUCCUAAAAUGAAUUUCCAUGGUACAUAGUUCCAUGGUAUACCUAUAUAAGUUCCCGAUCUUAUGUUUAAGUACUAUUUUAUAAAUAUUUUGCAAUAUAAAUAUUAAUGCGAGUUUUUAUUAACACAAUACUAUUUUAAGAGCAUUUUUUUAUUACUUUCAAUGACGAGACGAGCUUAAUUGUUGGUAAUUGAUACGCCGGCCAUAAACAGUAGAAACACCACCCAACACCUUGAAUAACAAAGUAGGUAUUGUUGGUAUUCUACUGCGUUCGCCAUCCUGAGACAUGAGAUAUCAAGUCUUUAUAUCCAGUAGUUACAGUGGCUACAGUAUUAUUCAAACAGAAACACAACAGUGACUACACACAUCUGCUUGGCGUCAGAAAUAGAUAUAGUCAUAACAUUCGGCCAUUUUUAAUAAAUACUCGUUGAAAAGUAACAGAUUUUUUUUAGAGUUCCAGUGUUUUUAAAAUAAUACCCAGGUAACGUUUUCUUAUUACUCCUUACUGACAUUUGACUGCGAGGAAAAUACUUGUAUGCAUUAUAUUGCAUUUAUGAAAAUGUGUCUUUUGCAGCUUAUGGAAUGAGUAAUCAUAAUUGGGUGUCAAAUUAAAAAUAUUAAUAACGUGAAGAAUAUGCAUGGAGAUUGCAGUAUCUAUCUUACUAGUAAAUAAUAUUUAUUUACCUUGGUUUUUGGUUUUAAAUUAUUGGGUGCAGACUAAGGUCCAGAUUUUAAGUUAAAAUUCAAAGAACGUCAAUAGCUAUUCUAUCUUAUUAUUCUUUAUAAGUGCAUAAAACAUCAUGGUAUGAUUGUUUAACUAUACUUCAGGCUGUUCGCUAAAUAUUCAAGUACUUAAGCUGUUUAUAAUAAGUAUAUUUAUUAAUAUACAAUUGUUAUUUUACUUAAGAAAGUUUAAAUGUCUGACCUUUAGUUAUUGUCUGCAAAUCCGAGUGCAAUUUGUUUCAUCGCAUUGUACGGUGUAAACUUAACAAUGUACUUACUGAAGUUUUAUUUAAUAACACAAAAAUGCUUUGACGUAAUAAUAAUUAUUUAUUAUUUUCUCCUUGUACUGCAAGAUAUACUCAAUGAACUAUAAAUAGAGCGGACUUUGAGCGGAACGAAAUAAAACCGAGAUAAGGUUAGGUUAGGUUGGAGUGAACUUUGAAAUGAAGACAAA